AUGCCACCCUCCAAGGCCAAGCCAGUCAUCCUCUCCCUAGAAGCGAUUGCCUCCCAAGCCCCAGAAUCUUUCCCCGACCCCUCGCACGGCCAUCUCACUUGGCGCACUCUUUUCACCCACCCCACCACCCCAACUAGCGACCUCUGUGCUGGAAUCGCCAUCUGUCCUCCGCAAACAGGCCACCUCUGUGCCCACCGUCACACGCAGGCAGAGCUGUAUUAUGUGCUGGAAGGUCGCGCGACGGUGACGAUCGACGGGCAGCCCCACCAGAUCGCCAAGGGCACGGCCGUGUUUAUCCCCGGGGAUGCAGAGCACUCGGUCAUGAACGAUAGUGAUGAGGAUUUCAAAUGGCUUUACGUUUUCCCUGGGGGGAAGUUUGGGGAUGUUGUCUAUCGGUUUUCGGAGAAGGCCAAGCUGUGA